UGUCAAUAGUCUGACUUGAUCCAGCCUUUGUUCCAUAUCUAAAUCGCUUGGACAGGUUAACCACAACACAUUGGUGCAGAAAGACAAAAACUUCUAAAUUAGUUACUCUAUCUAUCCAAGAUGUUUCGCGCACUCUCCAUUGAGCCGAUUAGAAUUGAGGAGCGCUCCAAAGAUGAGGUCCGUGCCAAUAUAUUUGUGUUCGCUGUCACCUGUGCCCUUAUCCGGUUUAUUCCGAUAAUAGUGAGGAAAUUAUCGUAGGCGAGACCGAGGCUGCGAUUGUGUACUUCCGCUUUGACUGAGAUAAAGCCGAUAAUAACUAUUAAAAUACAAACAAACUCCCAAUUGUUAUAGUAAAAAUAGAGAGUGUCAGUUUUGAGCAGUUGGUCUGCGUUAAGAUGGGGCCGAAAAUAUGCUUGGCAUAUCGAGUGAAAUUGUUAUGUAUAAGAAAUAAUAAUA